CUGGAUAUUAUGGCCAACUCUAUGUCUCACAUUUGGAAGAACCGGAUGGGUUUGGAGAUUGUUCACAGAUUGAUAUGCUACUGGCUGAGGUAACUGCACUGAAGACCCUUGUGAUCACAUCUACACCAUCUUCUCCAAAUAGGGAGUUGCACCCGCAGCUCCAGAGCCCCUCAAAGGCUGUCUUUAAGAAGGGCCACAGUCGCAACAAAAGCUUGAGCAGCGCCAUUGUGACAGCAGCGACACAGAACACCCCGUUAAAGCCGAUCAGCAAAGAUGGCAGGGAGAUUGACCUGAUUUUGUUUGAGGAGUUCCAAUCGUGGAAGGAGGAUCCAACCCUGGAUAAGGCUUCUCCGUUCUUGGAGAGGAUUUACCAGGAAGACAUCAGCCCAUGUCUCUCCUUUGCCAAACAUGAGCUGACCGAAGCUGUCCAGACUGCUGUGGAGAACAACACUUUGAGUAUUGAGCCAGCUGCUGCCCAAGCACUACCAGUAGUCAAGGCCUCAGCAAUAGAGUGUGGAGGACCAAAUGGGUGGCGGGCUGAAGUAUUGACGUAAGUGUUUACAUGGAUAUUCCUGAUCCUAAUGAACACUAACUUUUGUUUGUAAUUAGCUUUUACUCACCAGUAUUAAUACAGCUUCUGUAAACAUCAUAGUGGCACAUGAACCUAUUCCUACAGGUACUAUGUUCUUGCAUUAUGCCACAGCCUGUACUUUUUCUUCUGGUUUUUGGCUUUGGGCUUUGGGCUAUAUUGGUGCAGUAAGCACAUUGAAAUCAGCGGGCAGCUAAUGUUCUGUGUGAAAUUUGUCACACUUUCAAUUAAACUUUUUCAUUGGCUAUUGUCCUAUGCUAUGUAGUUGGCCUUGAAUUUUAAUCCAGACUUGGAGAAACAGCUACAGGACAACUGGGGAAAGAGGAUAAUCCUACAUUUGUACAGCAGAGGACUCUCUACCCUCAAUGGUGCUGAUGUGUGUCACUGGCACAGCGAAGCACAAGUGCAUGCCAACUUGCUUCAAGGACCUUUGUACAUUUGCAUAUGGAUCCCAGAGAUUUUUGGGUCAGAGACCGUGUGUGUUUUCAGAACGAGGCAGCAAGCACAUAAGAAUACUACAACCUGCAAGACCAAUCCCCUCCAAGUCACAAACCAUCCUGGUACGGAAACGUAUUGCCAUUCUGUCAUUGGGUAAAACUCCUGGACUUUUUGCCCCUAAAGGCAUUGUAAGAGUAUCUCCUUCACAUGGACUGCAACGGUUUCAGAAUGUAGCUCACUUCUGCCUUCUCCUAGGCAAUGGGGAAUAAAUUCUCACCUUGCCAGGAACACUCACUUUCCAUAAGUGGAUAUAAAACUUCUGUUUGCCCAUUUGUUGCCUGGUUUCUGUAAUUAUAUAAAUUUGUUAGCUUGCUAGCUUGAAAUCUGUUUUCAGCACUAAUAACGUUCUCUUUGCAUUGCUAAUGCUGUCUUUCAGAAGUUAGGUCAGAUGUCUGUGCAGUUGUACCUGGGAAGGAGGCAGGUAGAUGAGAACCCUGUGCUUGUUUUUCUGUAGCUGCAGAAGGGUAGCCUGUAAAUCUAUAGUGAGGAUGAUCAUCUGCUCUGCGUGUUACUGGAACAAUGAGGUUGGCUGUGUAUGGAAGGAUUAGGCAUAUCGGUUAGGCUGCAGGGGAAUAUUUGGCAUAUAGUCUACUGAUGCAAAUGAUGGGUAGGCACUUUGCAUGUGGCGAUAAUUCAAUCUUUACUUUGGUCCUCUGAGGAUUUGGGACCGUUUAUUAUGCAGUAUAUCUCUUCCAGUGGAGGAAAUCUGAGGGCGUGUCUGUAAAUAUUGGGCUGGAUUUUUAAAUGGUGCAGGGUCUCGUUUGGAGGCUGGCAGAGGUAUGACUUUGUGACUGGCCUCCAGCCUGGCUCUUUCCUUUUCACGGCCACAAUCCCUAAUCCUGAGCCGACCAGGCCAACAGGAUGGACUUGGAGCAGGAAAUGGUGGGGGACAAUGCUGAUGGAUCAAGCAAAGGAUCCCCCCCGACCUGUUACAGCUGCCAGGCCAGCGGUGUGACUCCUGGCCAUCUCACUGGACAGGUUAUCCCUCAUCAUCAUGGCAAGGCAGCUGCGGCUGUUCAAACUUUUAAAAGUUGUUGGUGUGCCUUCUCUUUCUUAAUUACACAGCACCUUCCAGCUCAGUCAGCUGAGCUGCCAAUCUCUCUCUGUUGCAGGGUCUCCCAUCGGCUCUCCAGCCUCAGGCACUGUCCACUGUAUUUAUUCGGAUGUUAAAUCGUUAAUUGUUAAUUGUCCUGGUCCAUUAUAAAUCCCUGUACGUCUCUGGAAUAGGCUGCACAAGGCCAGAACCUGGGAUGUACUGGGGCCAGAUUCCCAACUCUAAAUGGAAAUUGUGUGGAUCAAAUGGUCUUCACUCUGUUCUCUCCCCUAAUAUGACUGCAGUUCUGAAGAUGUUCUGCAGAGGGUGGUAAACGCAUAGCUGAAUGUAGAAUCCAUGAAACUUGUUAAAUAUGUAAUUUCUAAAUUAGGCUAUUCCCAGCGGAUCUCGCAUGCAGAGAGAUGAACAUGCUAAGUGCAUGUUAUAUAUAUAUAUAUUUUUAAUCAUUUAGGAAAAGCUUUUAAACCUCAAAUAUCCCUCCCUUAUUCAGAAAUCUACCUCACCUACACACUUU